UUUAAGCUUCAAGGGUACUCAGUCUAGUUUACUCUGGCCAGCUGAUAAUUCAGAACACUGCAGGAAUUCACUGAAGUCUUAUGUUUUCGAGGGCAAAGGGGGUGGCUCUGAAGUAUUUCUUUGUUUGGAUUUUUUAUUUUACCAAUUGUGGUGUUCUGAUGGAUUUGCUUAAGAAGGUCUUAAAGUAGUAAAGGUUACACAAAGGAAUCUUUGAGGAGUUUUUUUGCUGACGAAUGUUCACAACUCUUUUCUUGUAUAAGGAAGUAGCAAACUGUAAAUGCCAACUGUUCUGUUCCUUGUUUUUACAGUUGCUCUGCACUCUUUAGGGAGUAGGAAGUUGUGUGUAGCCAGUAGGAUUGCAGGAACUGAGGCAGUAAUCAUUGGUUGAGUUUUCAACUGUGAUUAGAGUGCUGGCGUAUUUGUCGUGACAGAAAGCCCUUUCUGUUAAGAAGCAAGUACAGGAGUUUCUGAGACCUUUUUUAUACUGUGCAUCAAGAUGCAGAAUUUCUCUUGGAUUGAAGUUGUAAAUUAUGACAGGCACAUUCAGCUCCUACUGCAGCACUGAAAACCGGAAGAAGGGAUAGUGUGACCUGUGGGAGACCAGCUUUCCUCAUGAUGCAAAGAGAAGAGCUCCUGUUGCAUUUCCUGUCGUAAGUUAAUAGACUGAAUGAAUGUAGUAAAUAUUUGAGUACAGCGAGCAAAUAUCAAUUAUAGUUUGUACUGUGCUUUACUGAAUAUGGAAGAAAAUAACACAUUACCUGACUGCAGUGAGCAUUUGGAACAAGAUAAUGAAAUAGAGAAAAAGUCCAGCCAGACUCUCUUCACUACAUUUUCUAUGAAAGCGCUUUUUGGAUUUACUUCUAAAUUGGAAUCGUCAGCCUCAAAAGAAGACACAGUCCUUACUGCAUUUCGUCCUUUGGAUGCCAAUGCAAAUGCCCAAGUUGACAACCAAGAUAUGAAGAUUAAUGAUGACAAUGAUGCAGAAAUUCAUCAUAUAUUUCCCAAAACACAGCAGGCUGCCCCAGAGGUCACUGGCCAGGUGGACCUGGAGCCGGAGCUAGCGGAACAGAAAGAACUCCCUUUUCCUCAUUUAGAGUCUGCACAGCCUCUUUUGUCUGCAUCUGACAGAGAAGACAAGGAUUCCAUUCUUGUACAAGGUACUUUAGUUCAUACAACAAGUGACACAGAAUCAGACAAUGAGAGUACAGACCUAGACAGUGAGGCAAGAGAAACAAACAAAUCUGUGUUAAAUAAUGUCGCUUUGUCUACUCAGUUUUUGGAAAAUAACAAACAGUAUAAGGAAGAGUCAGAAUCAGAAAGGCGCAGCAAAAGUGAAGGUGCUGUGGACGGAGAUGAAAUUGAGUCAAUAUCACCGCCUCCUAAGCAGCUUUCAACAGAGUCAAGGGAUGCUUUGGAAUGUGGCUCUGGUCCAGAAGACAUCAUGUUAGCAGAUGAGCCUUCCAGUGGCUCACCUGCCACAGGGGAGAGCCCCCAAGAACCCGGAGGUGGUGAAGAGCAAGGGUCUUCCAUGAAUAACAUAUCUCCUCAGAAAACAGCAGUGGGUGAAAAGACUUUUCAGCUUCCAGCUUUCUUUAGUGGGUUGCGUGUACGGAAAAAAGGACAAACUGCUGAAGAGAGAGAAACUAUCACCGAAAUUAAACAACAAGACAGUGAUUUGGCUUUGCUUAAAUUAAGACAGCCUGUUAAGAAAGCCAAUAUUACAUCAGACCUGUUCGCUAAAAAGAAAUCAGCUGAACCUAAAACAAAUCCUAAUAUCCUGGAACAGCUCUCACAUCUGUUCAAAAUUGAUGGUACCAAAAAUGAAGAUACAGCAGAAGAUUCUGGUGAGGCAAGUAGUGAGACUGAGGACAGUGAGGGAGGCCCAGAGAGCAAAUCCUCAAGCAAAGAACCUCAGUCGCCUUCUGAAGAAACAAAACUGGGCCCGGCUGAGUCUGCAUUGGAUGUAUUUAAGGCUUUGUUUAUGCGGCCUCCAAAAAAGGAGACAACUGCAGACACUUCAGAGCUAGAAGCCAUAAAACAAAAAAUGAGACAUGAAAAGGAGUCAUUGAAAGCUGUAUUUGAACGGUCAAAAUCAAAGCCUGGAGAUGGAACAUCUGAGCAAAAAUCUCCUGACCUGAGUCCCUCAGAGCAGGAUGAUAAGACUCCAGGGAGGCUUCAGACUGUAUGGCCACCACCUAAAAUAAACGAUCAAGAAGAAAAAGUGGGAUUAAAAUACACUGAAGCAGAGUACCAAGCUGCCAUUUUGCACUUAAAGAGAGAACACAAGGAAGAAAUUGAAAACUUAAAGUCUCAGUCUGAACUCAGGGUCUUCCAUAUUCGUGGAGAGCAUGCUUUAUCAACUGCAAAGCUUGAGGAAGCCAUAGAAAAUCUCAAGAAUGAACUGGAAAAUAAAUUAAAUAAAGGAAGUGAGAAAGCAAAGGAUGUCUGUGUAUCUACUGAAGAUGAGAACCCACCAAAGACUUACAGAAAUGUUUGUAUACAGACUGACAGAGAAACCUUCAUAAAGUCUAGUGAAGAGGAAAACAGAAUUGUGAAGAAUAACCAAAUAGUACCUAAAAAACUUAAUUUAUCUUCUUUAAAUCAUAAUAUUUCAGCCCAAAGUGACAAUAAGGAAGCAUGUUAUCCUAUGACAUCUCCAGAAAGUGUUUUAUCUUGUCAACCAAAACAAACAUUGCCGCUACCACCACCACCUCCACCUCCACCACCACCACCACUUCCCCCUCCUCCCGAAUCUCCAGUACCAAGUUUAGUCCCUCCACCACCUCCAUUGCCACCAAGCUUGAGAACCUUUCCAUUGAUAUCCCAGUAUGGAUCUGACCCACCACCACCUCCUCUACUUCCCUCGGGUUAUGAGAAUCUUCAAGGACUGCCACCACCACCACCACCACCAGUGCCGGGAUUUGGGGCUCCUGGUCCACCUCCAUUGCCUGGCUGUGGACCACCUCCUCCACCACCACCUCUUGGAACUGGGUGGUUUUUUAAUAGCACUUUAUCUUCAAGCCAGGGUCCUCGAAAGCCUACCAUUGAACCUAGCUGUCCUAUGAAGCCUUUGUACUGGACCAGGAUACAGAUACAAAACAGAAGCAAAACUUCUACACCAACCUUAUGGGACUCAUUAGAAGAACCUGACAUACUUGAUACUAGUGAAUUUGAAUAUUUAUUCUCCAAAGACACUGCUCAGGAAAAGAGAAAACCAUUAUCAGAAUCUUAUGAAAAGAAAAGCAAGGCCAAAAAGAUUAUCAAAUUGAUGGAUGGAAAGAGAUCUCAAACUGUAGGAAUUUUGAUAUCCAGUUUGCAUCUGGAAAUGAAGGAUAUUCAACAAGCUAUACUAAAUGUGGAUGACUCUGUAGUGGACCAGGAAACUCUCGAAGCACUGUAUGAGAAUAGAGCACAAAAAGAUGAAUUGGAGAAAAUAAAACAGCAUUAUGAGACUUCAAAAAAAGAGGAACUGAAGCUACUGGACAAGCCAGAACAGUUUUUAUAUGAGUUAUCUCAGAUACCCAAUUUCGCAGAACGUGCACAAUGUAUUAUCUUUCAGUCAGUUUUCUCUGAGGGGAUAACCUCUGUGCAUCGGAAAGUGGAUAUUAUUACUUGUACAUCUAAGGCUUUGCUGAGCUUGAAAAGUGUGAAGGAAAUUCUAGGUUUGAUUUUGGCUUUUGGAAACUAUAUGAAUGGUGGGAACAGGACACGAGGUCAAGCAGAUGGAUUUGGUCUGGAAAUUCUUCCCAAAUUAAAGGAUGUUAAAAGCAGAGAUAAUGAAAUUAACCUUGUGGAUUAUGUUGUCAUAUAUUAUCUGCGGCACUGUGAUAAGGAAGCUGGAACAGACAAGAGCAUUUUUCCUCUACCAGAACCACAGGAUUUUUUCCAGGCCUCCCAAGUUAAGUUUGAAGACCUAAUAAAAGACUUAAGGAAACUGAAGAGAGAUCUAGAAGCCUGUGAAAAGCAAAUGAGAGUGGUUUGUAGAGAAUCUUCAGAACAACAUCUCCAGCCCUUCAAAGAUAAACUGGAAGAGUUCUUUCAGAAAGCUAGAGAAGAACACAAGAAAGAAGAGAAUUGUUUGGAGAAUGCAAAGAAAUGCUUUGAAGAAACAGUGGGAUACUUUGGGAUAAAGCCAAAGUCUGGUGAGAAGGAGAUCACACCAAACUACGUUUUCACGGUGUGGUACGAGUUCUGCAGUGACUUCAAGAUCAUUUGGAAACGAGAGAGCAAAAACAUUUCCAAAGAAAGAAUUAAAAUGGCACAGCAAACCGUAAACAAGUUAACUGCAGAGAAGAAGGUUGAAACAAAAAAAAUCAACCCCACGGCUAGCCUGAAAGAAAGACUACGUCAGAAGGAAGCCAAUGUGACCACCAACUGAAAGAAGACACAUGAAAAUAAUGACAGUGUGACUUAAUACCUUGCAUGAUGCUUUACUGUGUCCAUUCCCUAGGGAGCACCUUAUGUUAGAUGUUAUGGAAUCCUGCUUUGCACAUCUUUCCCAAGACAAUCCACCAGAGAUUUUUCAGUUCUUCUAAGCAGUUUGCUCAUUCUGUAGAGGGAACACUAAGCUGUUUACAGGGGAAUUAUGAAUGGUUUUAUAUUACUCUUCCUUACGUGGUUUUAAAAUGACACUGUUUUCUAAAUGGUUAUUUGAAGUAGUCUAUGCAUAAUGCACUAACGCAAAAGAGGUAAAAUCAGGAUGUUGGAUCCUGAAUUAAGUAACUGCUAACAAUCUAUACAUUUUUUACAGGGACUUUAGGUAGGUUGCAACAGAGGUAUCGUUCAGGUUGAGAGGCUAUUUUACCGUAAGUUUUGACUUCUGUACUGAGUGCAGCAUUGAUUCUAAAUAAUAUUUAUAAUGUAUAAAUAAUAUUAAAUUAGUCUUUCUAAAAUGAAUGAAGAUUCAUUAUAAAUGUAUUAUGUAUUUUACCAUAAGUAUUUUUAUAGAAACCUGAGUCUAUGCCAUAUGCAUUGAAAUGGAAAACAAUAUUUUGCACAUGGGAAGAGAGAAAUAGCCUCAAAUUCUGUUGUCCUGUGGUAUAUGUAGAUGAUAUCACUAACAUGUUAAUUUUAUGGUGUUGACUUGAUGAUUCUUGCACUGUCUUCAUGUUGUCUGGUUUCACAAGAACAAAUGACAAGUAUUUUUUUUUAAUUCAACGCAUGGUCAAAUAUCAACACCAUCAGACAAUUUAUUUGUUAUCAUUCAGCUAAGGGGAGCACAUAAUGUAUCCCCUUAAAGUUAUACCAAUAAAUCUCUAGCUUUCAAUUUUCUUGAAAGCCAUAUUAUUUAAUAAUAAAACAAGGGUGUCAAAGACAUGGCCUGCAGAGCCCCAUCAUCCAGCCCCACACCACUGCCUUUGGGUCCAGAGUUGACUCUCAAGCUGCAUGCAAGACCGAGUAUGCAGACCAUGCAGAGCACCCACUCUGCCCAGCCCAGGACCCAUGCUACAUGCUGUGUGGGGCCUGGAGCAGCUGGAGGAUGUGCCAUGUGAAACACAUGUCCCAGAUCAGCCCUACACAGGCACCACAUGCAGUGCAGUCCUAGAUUGGCCAGAGUGUGUGUCACAUGCACUAGAUCCAACACACAGGAGUGAAGAGGGUGGGUCUGUGGGCCAAUUGGGGAGCCAGCUACACAGGCUAUUUAUCCAGCCUGUGGGCUGGUCCUGCAUCAUACAUCAAGGCUGCAGGGCCAGGUAAAUUGGAUACCCAUGCUAUACAACAUAUUUUCCAGCUGAUUUUUGUCUAUCGUGUAUUUAUAACUGUAUGUACUCUACUAUAUAGAAUUUGAGGAAUAACUAAUAGAAUUACCUUAAUGUACUCUUGUGAUAAUAUAAUCCCUGAAUAUAAAAUUAGGAUUUAGAGCCUGAACCUUAAAGUGCUGGAUGCCUUCAGGAAAAAUGUUACUUGAGGACACUCACUGCUUUCCAGGGUCAGACUCCUUAAAAGAAAUACCCAUGCAACUGAAAAAGUUUUAAGGUGAAACCAAAAUAGACACUCUUAAAAAAUAAAUAAACCUUCUGUGAUGGGCUAACACUAGACUGAAACUGAACAGCCAAAUAUGGAAAGAGCAUAUGAAGAAAAUUUCAAUUUACUAAAUCACUAAAACCUUAAGAGCUAGUGGUUAUUAUGAGACCUAACCAAUGCAAAUGAAAUAAUGAUUAAGUAAAAAGGAUAGAAAGUAUAAUGAGGAAGAUAUUAAUCCCUUUUCCUAGUACUGUAAAGAGUAUGCAUGAAAGUAAUCUAGUGGGUUAUCUACAUAAAUGAGAUGUUAUAGGAUUUUGUUAUGAAGUCUUAGGCAAAGUUGAUAUGUUUGUUAAAGAAAAUAGUAACUGAAGCAGCUUAGUUCAUGUUUCCUAUUGGGCAAAUUCUUAGUUUGCAGGUUCCUUAAAUGGUUAUUAUUUCAUUCCUGUACAGAUAAACAUAAGGGACCUAAGACAGGCCUAUAUAUUUUGGAAUUUAUAGCUGCUAUUCAAAUAUUUAAUAUGCAUAAAUAUCUUACAGAUGAAAACAAAUCAAAUAUAUAUUGAUGAAGGUAAAAUGGAUUCAUAGUUUGUUUGUUUUUUCCAAUUGGCACGGAAAUUUGGGGAAGCACUAGCCUAAUGGAAAGAAACUAAAUCCCAAAGACUGAAAUGUUUGGUCUUCCAUCAAACCAAGCACACAAAGGAGUGAAUCUGUUUAUACUUUUGUUAGUGGUAAACAUCAUAAGCACAAAUGCUCAUUCAAGCCAAAGAUUAGAGAAUGGUGGUAGGUGAUACAAUAUUGAGGAAUCUCUAAACAAAAAAAAAAUGGAGGGUCCUCAAUAUGGUUCUCCACCUGCCACAAAGCUACUGAAUGCUUUAAUUAGAACUGGUCAGGAAUUCUGCAAUGAAAUACUUCUUCAGUAGGAUGUUAUAUAGGAAAGGACUGAUUUUGACAGAUGUCUUAACUCAAAAUAUUUUAGAAAAAGUUUGUUUCAACAAGUAUCUUGUUUCAACGUUUUGACUAUCAGUUCACAAUUUAUGUUUUAGAUUUUCAGGUUUCAUCCUGAUUUAGGAAGAGAAGUCUUAGUCUUUCAUAAUCUCAUAAAUGCUGAUGCUAUAGAAAUGACUGAACCAACCAGAUCACAUACUGAUAUAUCAUUAGCCAACAUUCAUAAAUGGCCUGAGACUAUUACUAAUGGUGCCAGCCGCUAAUCUUAAUGAAAUUAUUCUAGUAGAGAAGUGGCAUUAAUGAUACAUAUAUGUUAGGUGUAUAUGGAAACUGUUUAAUUUUGGACAUAUUAGGUACUCUUACUAUGACAUUUAGAAAAUAAGCUUAAACUAAAUCUAGGAUGUGAGGGCUCAUAGAGAAGUGACAAUUUUACCCAAUCUGGCCACAGAAAGUGGCAUACAGCCUUGACCAAACACAAGUGCACAGCUGCAAGCAGCUUCAAAAAUGACCAGUUGGAUGAAAAUUUUAACCCUCAUUGCAUGAGGGGUCAGAUGAAGAUGUUUCAAAAUAGAAUGUCUUCUGUAACUUAUCUGCAUUGGGCGGCUGGCAGCUGUAGCAGCGGCAUUGGAAGCGGUGCUGCAGUGAAAUUUGGGGUGGCUGCGGCAUCCUUCCCACGAGCCUCACCACAAUCCCACGCCUUGAUAUCAGAGCAGUAUUGGCCAAUAUGCCUUCUUAAAUAUCGGCAUAUUGAUAUUUAUCGGCCCCAAAAAUCUCUAUUAGUGCACCCCUAUCAGCUACAGCAAGGAGCUGCUCUUCUGUCUGAUCCCUGAAUGUCCCCAAAGUUUGUGACUCAGAGUUAUACCUAAUAAUAAUAUAGCAUAGCAUACAGUUCUCUUCCAGCAAAACUGAAAGCUCUUGAGAUAUUAUUUGAGGGCAGACUUUAAUCUUGACUUUCUGGCCUUCUUUAAACCCCCUUAUCAUUGCCUGGCUUAAAGAGUUUUGUAAAAGAAGGCUGGCAUCCAGUGUAAGAAGGGCUCCUCAUUCCAUGUAAGUGCUUACUACUCAGGAUAAAUAUAUUAUGGCUGUAAAUUGACUUGUUAGGUAAGAUUCUAAAUAAAUGACAUUGACACUAUGAUAUGACACUAUGACUUGAAAUACUGUUUCACCCAUUUAUAUUUUAAGAGGGUAGCAGGGCAUAAGUUGCUGUUACCUCUUAUUGCUUUCAAAAUGAAGAUCAAUUACACAUAUUAGAGACAUUUUAAAAAUAUAUAUUUUUUUACUUUUCUUAUUAGUCUAUAGGAGAUGCACCUUUUUGCUUUACUGACCUAUGGAAAUCUUUUAUACUAUGUGCUUUAUUUUAAGUGUCUACACUUAUAGGGUAAUGAUCACAUAAUAUAUUUAUCAUGGAUAUGGAAAUGAAUUUUUUGAUCAAAAUAGUAUUAGUGUAACUUUUGAUUUUGUGCAUGUGGGAGGUUAAACUUAUAUUGCUGGAAUACCCAUCAGAGAGAGAGAUAACCAAUGACUUCACAUUUGAACCAUCAUUUGUACCUGGGGAUAAGUAAAAAAAAUAUCCAAAAUAAAAAUAGAAAAAUGUAAUUGUCUCUUAGUCUGGGUUUGGAAUGAACAGCAUGGCAAGCAAGUAUUUCACAGUAUGUUAUUUCAAGAAGACUCUGUUGAGGAAUUCUAUAAAGUACUGGCUUGUUUCCUUCUAGUUUCCUUCUGCCUUUGAGAACUCCUUAUAUAAAGCUUGCACUAUAACCCUGAUAAUUGAGGUUUUUUUUCCAACAAAGUGCCUAGACUUAUAUAUGUACCAUGUGCAAAUUAAGAAUAGGUCUUUUCCUUUAAUCUUGCUCCACCAAAAGACAUUGAAAACUAAAGUAUCCCUUAACCCCUAAACUUUAUAAGACAAGAACUGAAAUAUAUAAACAUUGUAACAAAAGGAAAAACACCACGCUUGCACACACACGCGCACACACACACACACACACACGCACGCACAUCCCGGGCGGGGAGGUUUGAACAUCUUAAUAAUUUAUUCAUUAAAAAUAUUAGUAGACAUAAACUUAUUUUCAGUAGCCUUUGACAGGGAAGUAGAUCACCCUAGGAAUGCUCAGACACUGUGAGAUUUUUUUCAGUUUUCCCUUUGUCCCUUCAUGUAGUUCUGGCAGCAAUACAGUGUAACUCUGUAUCCCAACCUGAGUAAACUGUUGGGGCUGUCUCAGCCUUUUCCAGUUCUUUUCUAGCAUUUAGGAGUAUAAGUAGUAUAGAGAUUUGAGUAGUAAGCAGCUUUUUAAUUCUUGUCUACACUAGAAAUCUAAAGAAAAUUUAUAAUCAUUGGGCUCUGGGAGUGGGGGGGGGUGUUUUAAUUAAAGUGGCACUAACAUAAUGGGUACCUAUACACAUGCAGUGAGGCUGCUCCGACACACUGUAAUUACAGCGCAUCAGAGAUUAAUGGCUCUCCUGCAGACUCCAGUGUCUCAUGUAUCAGCUGCCCCAAGUGCCUGGCUACAUUGUUAUGCCUCUGAUAAAAUCUCAUGGUUUGUGGUAAGAUUCUGUGAAGUUUUAAAGCAGUGGUUUGUUCCUGAUGGUAUAAUGUGUCACAGUUAGCUAUGGCUAUAUAUUUGACUAUACAGGCAAGUGCUGUCCAUUUACAAAUUUGAGCUGCUUUAGUUUUUCUCCAUAAUACAUGCCUACUAUGUCAUAGUCAAGCAAUCAAAAAGUCCCCCAGCCAGGUUGUGAAUAACAGCCACCUUUCUGAUUGACAUGGCUCUUUUCCAUAUAAUGUAUGAGUAGUCGGCUUGGCCUCCUGUAGCGUGUAGUACACACACAGUCAGGUUUUGCAGUAAAGUAAUUCCAACUGUUCUCUCUGUUCUAUGGCUAUUCCUACAUUGUAAGAGAUAUCUAAGAUAGCUGAUAACAAGCUAGGUCAGGUACGGGAACCAGCAUAGCUGCAACAGCAUGCCUGUUGAUGUGCUUUUAGUCUUGUGAUUUCUCAUCCUUCUUCUGGAGAAAAUUGUUUGUUUACAUAUAAAUCGAAAAUAAAAAGAAGGACACAAGGUGACCUGGUUAUAGCAUAUGAGUAGCUUCAAAGGAAGAAAAUAUCAGGAACUAUAAGGGCUCUUUAAUCUAGCAGAGAAAAUCAAAGCAAGAACCAAUACGUGAAAGUAAAGCCAAAUUCAAUUGAGAAAUAAUGCCCGAAUUAUUAGCAGUGAAGCUGAAUAACCAUUGUAAUAAUUUUGCAAUGGAAGAGAGAGAUUCUCCAUCUCCCAAUGUCUUCACUUCAAGAACAAAUGUUGCUCUAGAAUAUUUGCAUUACUCAGACCUAAUUGAGCUCAGUUCAAAAGUAUUUUGAUGAAAUUCUAUGGCCUAUGAUAUACACAAAGCCAAACAAGACAAUUUAUUUAAAGUAAUACUUCUAGUCUCGGUAAACAAUUAUUUCUUCCUUUUUUUAUAUCUGUAGUAAAAAAUUGGUUUUCAGUAUGAAAUUAAUAAUAUUGAUAGUAUAUCAUGGAAUAAUAUAAUUCAGUAAAUUAAUCAAAAAUAUUAAAUAUAAUUAUAUUUCUACUAAUGUAGGCAUUUUGAUUAUAGAAAUUGCAAUAGCCAUUACCUAGAACUUUCAGGAUUUAGAAUUGCUGCCACUGGAUUAUUACUUGUUAAAACAGAAUUUAAACUGUAGCAAUAGUAUUUAAUCACAUCAUGGAUCUAAUCUGGUAGAAAAUUAAAAUAUUCAUGGGGCUGGUCAAAAUUGGAAACCCUAUUUUUAUUAUAAAUUUCAGAAUUUCAAAGUUCUUUUACUUCAAGUUGUUUGAAACAGAUUUGAUUUUUUUUAACAAUUUUCUGGUCUUUUUUGCAAUUCCAAAAAGUCUGUCUUGAUGUUACUCAAAAUGUUAUCAAAAUGUUUACUGAAAUUUUCCAUUUAGUGGAAACCUCAUAAAGAAAAGCUUCCAAUAAAAAAUGUCAGUAAAAAGUUGAGGGGUGGGAAAAAGCUCAACAUUGUUCAUGGAAAAUGAAAGAUAAUGACAAUAGUGAUACAUUUUCAUUAAAAUGUGGAUUUUUAACAGGCUAUUUUUCUAAGAAAAAAUAUUUUCAUUCAGUUUAGUCUCUGUGUUAGGAGCUCUACACAGUUCCCCAGCUAUCAUUCUCACUGUGUAGGUGCAUCUACAUGCCCAAGGGCCUAUUUGUUCUCUAAACAAAGUAGAAGUGGACUCCUUGCUAACCACAAGCAAGCCACAAGGAAAUUCUUAGGCUGAUAGGGGAAGGAAGAGUAGGAUUUUUUUCUACAUCAGGGGUCCAGGAGAAUUAGUUCAGUUUGUCCAGUCUCUGGUUACUUAUAAAAAAGUCAUUGAAGCACUUCAGUCUGCCUCUGGGUUCCUGGAGAAAUUACCUUCACCCCUAAUUUUUGUAUGAUGCCCUUCACAAAGCACAAUUAUGCCAGUUUUGUGUGGUAGAUUGAAUUUUAGCCAAAGGGGUAAAUCUAAGUUUACAGCCAAUGCCAAUUUUUGAGAUGAGCAAGAAUAAUUCUAAUGAAUUAGCAAUCUCUGCCUGGUUAAAAACUAUUUUCAGUACUACCUCCUAGAUUCAAUGCUUGUGUGCUUGUGAGUGUUGUGUAAAACAAAGUAUUUGCUUCAGAUCCAAAGAAGAUUAGAGGGCAGGGGGAAACAAAGCAAAUAACUAAGAGCCACAGUGCAAAGCCUCCUGAGAAAAGAUUGACAAAGAGUAGAACAUUUUUCAUAAUGAGGAGCCACCUUACCUUUGCCAUGUUUUGUUUCUGGCAGAUGUCGGUUUAGAAACAAAUACAUGGGUUUUUGUCUGAGAUAUUCUGAUUAGAUUCCUUUCAUACCUCUGUCACUUCAUAUGAAUCACCAAAAGUCUAGUAUCUGGUAAUGUAAAGCCUUUUAUAAAACAUAAUCCUGUAAGCACUGUACAUGUGGGUAGCUUUAGUUGUGUAAGCAGCCCUAUGGCAAUACCUUAUUGCCUUCUGCAAACAAAAAUCAGUGAGAAGUAGCUAUAAGGAAGAGGGGGAGAAGGAAAUCUUGCCCCCAUCUCCAUGGCAUGAUGUCCCAUUAUAGGCUUCUCUUUCUGCAUAGAGUCUGCCCGCAAAGGUCCUAGCACCCUGGGAUCUGAAGGAGGUUAGAGAACAAGGCCAUUUAAUGGAGGCCCCUUGCUCCUGGCCCCCAGUGUACAAUACCCUGACAGUGUGGCUCCAGCAGAGUUGAGCUACCUGGCAGUCCCCAGCCAUGACUGUCCCUUAAAACUGCCAUUGGUAGACUGCAAAAAGUAAUCUCAAACUAAACUGAUUUACUUUCUACAGCUUUGAAAAAUGACAAUGGAUUUCUUGUUUUAAGUACAAGGAUAAUCUAAUGAACUAGCUGAGUCCUUCAAAAUUAUAGAAACAGUAAUAAUUAUACCUAACUUUUAAUUUGAGUUUAUUCUAGAGUUUUAAAUAAAUGUUAUUUCCAUAAAAUAGCUAAAAUCCAAUCUGUGGAUGCACUUUUGUUUUCCCUCAUUCAUGAAUUUUCAACUGAAUUUUCAUAGAGCCUUUACGCUUUCUGUCUGCUUAUAUUGUGCUUGUGGUCACUAAAAGGUUGUUAAAAGAUGUCUAUGGAGUGUAGAGAGGAAGUUGCAAUUCAAGUUUCUAAGUGUUGCCCCGCCAACAAUAUCCACCCUACCAUGAAUCCAGAGGUGAAAAGUAAUUCAGCUGCCAAGUCAUCUUCAUUCUGGGCCUCAGCUCUAGAUCAUACUAUGGGCACAUAAAAUAUGAGCAUACAAAUGUUAAAGCUUGAUGAUAACUCAUGCUAAGCGUGCUCUGAACAUCUCAAAAUUACACCACUUCCAAGGGUACUAUCUAGCUUGUGUUAGGAUAACUUCAGUCUGCUUCAUGGAGAUAAAAUGAGCAAUCUGCAGUACUCCAGAAUCCCAGAAUGCAUAGCUCCCAUCCACUCCCCACAACCCAGAGCUGGGAUAGAGCCCAGCUGUCACAUGACUCCUAGCUAGACCCCGCUCAGCUACUCCCUAGUGACAAGUCGAAGCUGUGCAGGCAAGAAACAGUAUUAGCCUUUAAUGUGUGGCUGCUCACAGCACAUUUGAACUUUAACACUGCUUAACUUUCUACAGAUUUCAUAUCAUCUAAGUGUAAUGUGCAACUUCACAGAAACAACCAGUGGUACCAAGCCAUAGGGCAUCAUUUUGCCUUCCUUUAUCCGUGGAAAAACCUCAUUGUUGUUUUAUCAUUGUAGCUGGCAACCAAAUAUUGUCCUGUGUACAGUAGUGGUGGGAUGCUUGCUGAAUUGAAACAAAGUAACUCAGUGCAUUCACGAUUCCAACAUUUAUUUGGUAUAAUACUGGGCUGUCCAGCUGGAAGGGUUAAUUUCUGGCCCCUGGGCUCCCACCUGGCUACUGCUCCUGUCAUCGUUUUGUCGUCAGUAUCAGUCAGGGGCUCUUGACCCCCCCUCCCCGCCCCCGUCUUUUGGCUUCCACUUCCUGUCUCCACUCUAGGGGGUGCAGAAGCAUGACAUAGCCUGCAGUGCUGGGGGAGCCCACGGUUCAGGGUAGCUCUGUGGCCAGUGCAGUGAGAGAGAGCCCACAGCUAGGGAGCUGAAAGUGAGCCCAGAACACCCAGUGCAUGCACAGUGCAGCAGGGAGAAGCAUGCAUCGUGUGACAAGGACAUGCACCUGCCCACAGAGUGCAAUGAGAAAGGGAGAGCCCACGCAAGCACAGGGCCUCUGGUAUGUGUUGCUGUGUCCCUGAUGUUGGUGGCCCAUGGGAUGGCAGGCCCUGGCCAGUUAUAAGUUGGACAUUUGUGGUAUAGUGUGAGAUUCACCGGCUGGAUCUACUUUGUCACCCUCCAUCCUCAGAUCCUAGGUGCAUGAGACUUAACAGCUUCUGUCAACCCAAAGGAAUUGUAACGUCUAUUCUUUGGUUGUUAGUGUUACUAAAAUAUUUUUGGAAUUUGCUGUAAGAGAUUUUUGUCAGUCUUUUGUGAAAUGUGAUAGUAAUUCAUUAGAAAAAUGCAAAUGACACAUUUCCUCUCUGGCUUUUUCCAGAAAGAUCAAGCAUGUGUUGCUGGACUUUUACCUUUUCCUUUGGCAUGCAAUAAACACAUUCCAUUGCACUUGGAUAAAUGCACUUCAUGAAUGACUAUCCAAAGAUCGCAUGUUAUGGUAACCACAGAAAAUGUAUAAAGAGCAGAGACGAUGUUGGCAUUUUCCCUUGUUUGAAACAUCAGCAGCCAACAAAUUUUAUAUAUCUUUAUUAUUAUUGCAUGCAUGCAGUGAAUUUCUUAGUCUGCGAAAUUCUUUAAUUGCUUGAUCAGGAUUAACAAGGGUUCAUUAACAUCUGAGGGUAAGCUUACCAUACUCUCCUUCCUUUACUUCCCCAUCUUUUUUAAUAUUCAUACCUUAUGGACUUAAGCACUUGCAGGGCUUAGGUUAUCUGUUUGUCUUCUGGUUAUCUAUUAGAUUUUAAGAAGGAAGAUAAACUUCUUGUGAUGUAUUUAAUUGGAAAUACUGUUUUAAUAUUGUUUCAUUAAAACUUUUUCCAUGUCUGACAAAACUGAAAGAACUGUGAUUUUAUGUAUAUUCCUUUUAAAAAAAAAACAACUUUAUUUCUUUUUUAUAUUCUACAUCGUCUUGCAGCUGUACUGUAAUACACAUUUCUAGGGCGGUAAAAACCUUGCAGAAAGCCUUGGUUCCCUUGGAGGUUGAAAUAGAAAAAACUUCCUCUGGGAACAUCCACACUACCAUCUUCUUUCUUUGGUGAGCCUCAGAGCCCUCUCUUCUUGCCACCAAUAACUUCGAGAGGUUCCAGGGCUGUUUGCUAACAGCACAAUAAAACCCCAGUGUAAGAAGAGGCCUGCCAGCUUUCCAGCCAAAUGAUUUCACACUGAACUAUAGCAAGCAUGAUUUGAGAUGCAUUAACACUUGAUUUGUCAAAAUUGUGCUUGGCGUCAAGAAAGCCUGACUUGCUGUUUCAGAGGUAGCACUUGUGCAUUUACUUGUGUAAUCAAGACUAUUGCUCUUUAGAACCAAAAAUAUGCAUGAUAUGAGAGUAGUAUCUGAGUGCUUUGACAUUUACGUUUUAUACAUAUUUCCCAUUACUUACCCAGGGUUCAGAUGGAAAGACGCCAUACCUGGAAAAUAAAGGUUUGGUGUAACAGCACUGUUGUUAAACUAAAGUUUACUGUUGUUUGUACGUGCAUUUUAAUUCCAGAAAGUCUUGAAGGGACUUUCUACCGCCAGAUUGUUUGUUUCAAAUAAAAGUGUUUCUUGUAUUGAAUAGAUAGCAAACUGUAGGUAAGUGGCCAUUGGACACAUCUCUAAAGAAAAACAAAGCAUAUAUAUGCAAUAGAAAACUCAUAAACUGGACUAGCCAUUUCUGGUGCCCUGAACAAAAGAGUAUAAUCCAUGGAGGAUGAGAAAUGGGAGAGGGAUUUCAGAAGGGAGAUGUAUGAUGCUCUAAGUCUUUUGGAUCAGAACAGUGAUGCCAGCUGAAGUACAUUUCUUAUCUUAUGGCACUGAUUUUGAAUGUCAUUGGUCUGUGUGCACCCAAAGGAAGGAAGAGACACUGAGUUGCUCUGCAAGAUGGAGUGAGUGAGGGAGUAGUGAAUAUUUUAUAGAGGGACACUAAAUCACUAAAUGUAAUUUGUAAUUUGUUCAGUAGAAAGCAAAUGAGCCUCCAGCCUUGCCACCCCUGUACCCUGCACAAUGCCUCUUUCAAGUGAGAGUAGCAAACAUUCCAGAAGAGCAAAUGCUUAAAUUAGGACUUGCUUGUAGCUAUGCUGAAUGUGUUUGCCAAGUAUUUGGGGCUACAGUUUGCAUAUCUGCUUAAAACCAGAAAGAAUCAUAUUUUAAAGCCUGAAAUAAAGUACCUGCAGUAGAUAACCCUUUCAAGAUUUUCUGUAAAAAGGUUGCAGAAUUGAAAAACAAUGAGCUUUAGCAUUAACAACAAUUACUCUAGCAUUUUCUUUUUCAGAGUUUUGGGGCCUACUUCUGUAGCCCUUCAGCAUGCUGAAGUCUCACUGAGAACAGCAGAAGAGACUGAUCAGGUAGUAAAAAGAAAAGGAGAAACCACACUACAUAAAUGCCCAAUCACAUUUCAUUAUUCUGUGUUUCGUUUAUCUGUAGUGUGUUUUUGGAGUUCAGCCUACACCCAGGCACAGGAUUUAGGCACAGGCAAAGAUAAAAGGAGUCUGAGUAUGAGUGAUGUUAUAUUGGCAAUGGAGAUAACAUUUGUUUUAGUAUUUUUAGAAAAGAUGUAAUAAGUUAAAUAAUCCAGUUUUUCAGCAUCUCAGCUCAAAAAAGAGGUGCCACACAAAUAAUGAAGUUAGCUUGUAGGACUGUCAUGUGGGGAGUGAGAGCUGACUCAGAUUCUUAGGGUUCAAAAUUUCCUUAAGUGGAAUAAAAGCCCAAGUUCCAUUUUCCAGAAUGCCUUCGCUUUUCAAUGGGACUUGGACUCCUAAACACCCAAGCCUCUUUUGAAAAGGGGUUACGGACACUUAAGUCUCUUUAGGAGAUUUUGAAAAUAUUACACUUUUUUUGCUUAGAGUUACUCUCAGAUAUUUAAACCUUCUAAAUGUGAAGGCUUAGAAGCUAUUCAUAUUCAAAUUCUGUAUGAAGCAGAAAUGGAGGAAAAGUAAUUGGAGAGUAGAGGUUGAUGGAUGGAAACCAAGUCUGAUUGUUAACAUGUAUUUUUUGGAAAACUAUUGUUUUCUUUUCAAGCUAGUACUAAUUGAAAAAGAUGUCACUUAAAAAUUGCACCUGUUGCACUUGAUUGGUACAUGUUGCCUUCUAUUUAUCCCUUGUUUCACUCAAAUAUGUAUAAACAAAGGCCUCUCAGCUUAUUGAAACUCACCUUUAAGCAGAUUUUUAUAUAGUUAUGUUGACUUUCCUUUUAGAAUGUCAAAGAAUACUUAGAGCAAUAACAUUAACGUUUGAGUGUGCAGCUAAUAAGUUUCACAGACAUGAGAGCUUUAUUUUUUACUUAUGUCUAUUUCAGAUUUGUUUUAAUAAAACUGUAGCUUUUCUUAAAUGUUACCACAGGUACUCAGCAUUAAUACACUGGCUGUCAAUUGAAUUAGGCUUAAAUUUUAACUCUUAGUUCCAUAAAAUUUGCAGCAAAAGUCAUAAAAUACUCAGAGUAAAAUAUUUUUCUUUCAAAGAUCAGGCCUUUCAAUAUUUCUUAAAUAAAGAUGAAAAAUAGUCAAGAAAAAACAACUAAUUAGAUUCAGGUACUUUUCUUUUUAUCAAAUAAUAAUAUAUAUAUUUCUACCAUGUAUCUGUUUAAUUUUGUCAGAAAAACAAAAUACACACAUGAGCUAAAUUUGUAAAAAAAAAAAAAAAAGUUGCAAGAAAUGAAGUAUUUAUUUUUAAAAAGUGUUAAGAAACCAUUGUCUGUAAAUAAUAAAGAAUUAUAUUUUCCUCCUCAAUAUUGCUGUUCAUCAUAUCAAGUGUAUUUUUUUAUAUAAAAUAUAUUGUUCAAAUAUUGUAGAUUUCUCUAUUCAAAAACUUCUGUCUAGAUAGUAUGUUUAGCUAUCAUGCUUUACUGAUACACUUAAUAUUCUAGCUGUCAACAUGCUAUUUGAAAGAAAAACUAUUUUUGAGUCUGUAAAAAACCAAACUGUGUUUUACUGCUGUAAAGUUGCUGAAGGUAUGUUAAUAAAUAUUGGUUUCUUUUGUGUCUGAAA